AUGACAUUGCCUUUGUCCACUGAAGCCAUGCACAGUAGCAUAGUCAUGUUGCAAAUAUUUCAUGUGUGCAAAGAUGCUAAUAUGGACACAAUUGUGCCACUGUUCCCACCUUCACUACCAUAUCAUCCAUCGCCACCAUACUUUGCAGCCUUCAUCCCCACCGCCCACCGUUUCCCAGCCGACCCAGAGUCCUCCGACACCACGUACCCUCCUCGAACCCUCACCACAACACCAUACCCGACCGCUAUCCCUAUUUUCGCUAGGGUUGCCGUCCCAGCGCUUCAUCUCACUGACCUCCGAAGCUCCGCCGCCAGCACCAGUAGCAGCCCCCGCCGCAGCAGCCACAAGUGCCGCUCGCAGACCGUGAGCCCGCGCGUCGACAGCAAGAAGAUCCUGCGCCAUUUGGUCACUCCUCCAGUAGGUCACAGAGCCUCGAGUUUUGACGAGUACCUCCACCUGCGAACCCAGACUCCCAAGUGUAGUGUACCGUUUGGGCUGGUCGUCAACGACAUCCGCCACAGGGUUGAGUCGCAAACCAGUCCCAGACCUGUGGUGUCUGAGGAAUAUACUCGCCUGCAGAGCGUUGAUAGUAGAAGCUGUUCCCCAGUGUUGGUAAGACUCAUGCAAAACUCUCUGGAUGCCGAAUGUACAGGUAAGAAUGAUAAUAAUGACACAAAUACCGUCUCCGAACAGCUUAAAGAAUUCGAGAAGCAUUGCCUUCAGGCCUUAGGCACAGAACGGACCCGCAGCACGGACAUAGCGACGGAACUCAGGCGGAGUGACGACGUGUCUGUGGAAGGGACUUCGGUGGAAGGCCUCAUGCGGGAGACCUCGCUCACCUCCCUCGCGCCCUCGCCCUCUAGACAGGACAAGAAAGUCACCUUCGCCAAGCUCCUGGAGAAGAUGUCCAAGGAAAUGAGCUCCUCCUCCUCCGACGUGAGCUGCGCCGAGGACAAAUCUCCCAGUCGCAUCUUCAACUUCGGCAGCGUCAGGAGGUCGCCGCGUCGCUCCCCGCGAAUCCGCCACACACAGAGAUACAGCGGUUCGGGCAGCGAAGACGUCAUCGAAACGCCCGACAUCUCCUCCUCCGAGAUGACGCCGGACCCUCCCAAGAGGCUGCUCACCGUUAAGUCGUCCUCGUCGCCCUCCUCCAAGACGUCCUCGCCGCAGAGCCGCAACAAGCUGCACAAAAUCUCCUCAGCUGACUCUCUCCUCGCCAUGUUCAGGAACUUCGGUACUUCAGGUCGUCCCUCGGCGUCGAACCCGUCGAGUCCCCACGGGUCAGAGGUCGACGACUCCUCCGCACACCCCUCGCCCUCCACCACGCCCACCACUCCGCAGAAGGCGCUGCCGCAGGUGGUCAAACAGGACACCCUUACGGUCCCAGGAGCUCUGCAGGUCCAGGUACAAUGUGCUGGCGGGUUAGCUAAUAGCUCAGGCCCAGUUAUUACCCUGGAAGUCCCCAACACCGACCAAUACCGCUGUCUUUCCCCUAUCACGGAGCUUCCUACUCCGGUACCCACCCCAGUCCCCUCUCCCUUGCCAACCCCCUGCCGGUACAGACCUAAGCCUCGGACCAGCUCGGAAUCCAACGACAAUAAGGACAGCGAAGACACCGAGUCGGAGUUCUCUCUCUCGAUUUCCGUGGAGCGAAGCAGCUCCGACAGUUCGGGUCCUGAUCACCGUGUGUUCUUUACACCCACAAGGAACCUCCAGAGUUUCCAUCACUGCAGCCCUCACAGAUCCGAGACGUUGUCCCCCACAGGCGCCACCCUCACGCCCUCAUCGACAAUGUCUUCUCGGACGCCUUCGCCCGAUACGUCCCCCACCAUCUCGCCAGUUACGUCUCCCAAAAUCAAGGUGAAACCUCCGCCACUUACCAUUCCAAACGCUAAUGUUUUAGCGUUCAACCCGGAGAAACCAAGCACGUCGAGAGAUCCGGCCUGCGGGGAAAUUAGCCUGCAGGUUCCGGUCAUCAAAGUGGACUCAGUGGACGACGGGACGCGGUGGGAUUCGACGCCACGGACGCGAUCCCAGAGUGUGGACGUUGGUAGUAUCCUGCAAGCUCCGCUCAUAACAAUAUCUCCUGCUGAGGAGGAACACCCUUCAGCAUCAACGUCGUCGUCGCAGCCGCCACUAAUUAUUCCGACGCUAAACGUUACUUUAGCGUCACCUCCUGCACUGAAGAAGCAAUAUCCACCUGUGCCUACGAUUAGUAUAGAGGCCCCAGAACCCCCCAAACCACCUGAGGUCCCGAUUAGACGCCAUGCUCCGGUGAUAAGGGAGAAGACGGGGUCUCUGGAACUCCAACCCGCACCGGCCAUCACCAUUACCAACACACUCACCGAUGCGGAAAGUGACACGGAUUCUCCCACGGGAACAUGUCGUCGAGGCGGGCCUCCCUCUUGCUACCUCAGUCCCUUCCUGGGCGUCGAUUUGCGCGCCUCGGAGUCUAAUCUAAGUUCCUCGGGGUACAGUUCAGCAUAUUCUCCGGGGCCUUCUCGGUGUUCCUCCAACAACCCACUGCUUCCGGACGAGCCCAUGACUCCUUCCGUCUCGUCCAUUCCUUCCCGACCCAUGCAGAUCCCGGGACCGCCUCCCGCCGUCACGGCCCCACCAAGGACCAAGCGCCGCCCCCUCCUCAAGACACCGCCGACGGAGGUGUCGCCGAUGCCUUUGCCCGCGCCCCUCGUACGCACCGACUCCGAGACCACCGACGACCCCGCAGCGUCCUCGCAGCCGGAAGCCGACUCCGCCCUGGAGCUCGACACCAAUGACGAAUGCAGCGACGGCGUGGCCCAUGGCGUGGAGGCCUCGAAGCUCAGCGGCGUCGACGAAGCAGAGGCCCAGCGACAGAGGUUGCUGAUGUCUUCGAGUCAGUCGUUCCCAAAGGAGUCUCCGCGCCUCACUCGGUCGCCACCAUCCAUUGUCGUCCACGCGUCGUUACAAAGUGAGUCGUCUCUCGAAGACUGCUUGACUGACAAACCCUCCCGACUUAGCCCGGUAAGCUCACGCAGUGAAUCACCCAUUAGUGACUCUCGACUAAGCGUAGCAAGAAUAUAUCCCGCAUUCUUUGGCGUUAGUGGAAAACCGGAAUUGCCGUACACAGACUCAGACGGCCUGUAUGACUGUCCUUCGUCAGAGGUCCUUAACUCUGACUGCCACGCCUCUGCUUCGCCACUGAAACGCCUCGGGCGAAAACGCUUAAAACGCACUUCGGGCAAGGGGAUCAAAUCAUUCCUAGGUCUAGGUAGCGUUGGGUCGGGUGAGGGCUGUAGCGGCGCCAGUGCCGCGCCCGUGCAGAGUGAAGGGGCCAAGAGUCGUCUCGAGCCGCCGCACUGGGAAAGGUCGCCUCGCCGCCUCUCCCCGAAGAGGCGCGUGAGAGCUCAAACGAGCGUAGAUCUCCUGUCUUCCUCAAACGAAAGUAUCACGUCUCAAAGAAAUCAAGACACAUCAAACAUAUUUCGGAUAAUGAGUACAUUAUAUCCACAAAAAAGCAUAUCGCUAAUAGAUCUAUAUUUCCACACAACAAGGGUCAGUGGUAAUUAA